UUGUCCGUGCGCCAAGAGAGACGGAUCUCAGGCCUGUUGGAUCCCUUUUGGAAUGCGGCAUGUGCCAGGACAUUUCACGCCGUUUCCUUAGCGGUCGGUCCAUGGUUAGAGACAGGUUGACCCAGACCUCCUGACCUCUAAGGGAUGUUCUCCAGAGCGCCUCUCGGUGGACAGGAUGGGCAUUUCACCGGCACCUCCCCCCGUCACCAGUCCCCCAAGAGGAAGGAGCUGCCCAAGCAGAGAUCCCAUAGCCCUAAGGUGGACCGGGACACUUGGGGGAAGCUGCAGUCCCUGGCGGAACCGGGGAGCCACGAGCCUCCUCGCCACCAGACUUCGCUCGAGAUCAAACCAACCAAUCAGACGUCGUUCACCUGUGGACCUCUAAAGAGAGACCCAUCGGCAGGGCUCCAGGGGUUCCCCAGCUGCCAAGGUCAUAAAGGGCGUCUUGGCCCACCCGUAUUAGGGUUUCUUGAGCUGAGUCGAGGCGGUCCACUGAAGGCCCCUUGUACCGUUCACGUGGACCCCUCCACCCCCGAUCCCCCGGACCUCACCCCGUCGGGGGAAACUAGCAGCUCUGACUGCCAAGAUGGCAUCGGAGUGGUGGAGGACAACAUACCCAGGAAUGAAGAAGAAGACGAGGAGGAGGGAGAUGAUGAAGGAGAAGGUGAAGGCUCCGACAACAUAGUACACCACAUCCUGAAGGAACUGAGAGGCAUCAACAAAAUCCAGGAGGAAAUCUCGGACCUGAGGGACUAUCUGACAUCGGUGCGGGGGUCGGUGGACGAGGUGUCCUGCUGUGUGGACGCCGUGCUCAGCGAGAUAGGGGAGCUGUACUCGGGCGGCGCAGCUGAACCGGAGCCCAAACCCCUUCUCUCCAAGACGGCGAGAGUCAGAAGAGGCAGCCUCGGCAGACAGAACGCCAUCGAAACCCCCCAAUGCACCGCCAUCAGUCCUCUCUUGAACCGCUGUGAGUGGGGCAAAGAAGCCGGACUCGUACCCACCCACAGAUCUCCUAAACAGUUGAGAGAAAGCCUGAGCCCUCGUAGGGCAAAGCAACCGGAGCCCAAUGGCUCAGGUCACAGCCCAAGGAAUCAACCUUCUGUUCCCGGGGCGGCCGACCUGUGUUGCCUGGAGCAUCAUUGUGGCCACCACUACCUGAGCACCAGCUCCCUGUCCUCGUGCCACAGCUCCGUCUGUCAACAAAGGAGCGACCGAUUCCAGCCAGCCGCCGAUCGACUCUACGAUGGCUGGGACUCUGUUGUCAGGAAACCAAGUGUGCGGCGUGGCGAAGGGGCGUGGAACGAGGAGGACAUGUUUUCGUGCACUAACAGCGGGGACUGCUCGGAGAUGUGGGACAGAUGGACGACAGAGACCCAGAGCAGCAAUGCUGGUCAAUCGUCCCACAGCAGCUCAGAGCAUCCUUCGCUGUUGUUCAGCCAACAUUACAACUCCCCCGCCGGCUCCUCUGUUUACCUGGGCUGGAGGCCCCAGGGCGAAGACACCAACCUGGAGUGCGACUGUGCAGCCAACUGCCUGUUCUCGCGGAGCUCCGGGUACCACACCAUGGGCGCGUUCGCGGAUGACCGGAGCCUCGGCGCCUUCAGGAGCCUGAGCUGUUCGACCCUGCUGCUCACGGACUGCGACGAGAGCUACCUGGAGAGGGACUCGCCCCGGGGCACCUGCCACUCCUCGGCCCGCACCCUGGCUCGUUCUGCCGAGAGCCUGGACAGGGAGUGGACCUAUGACUGCUUCGUGCCCAGGGACAGUGGUGUCCCUGUUGAGCUGAAGUCGGGCGGCCAGCGCUCUUUAGACGGUCUGGAGAACGCGACGGAGACCCUCGCCGCUGCUAGCUUCGACAUCAUGACUUUGAGCAAGGCAGUGCUCACGUUCAAGUCGGCUUUCAAAGGGGCUUUCAAAAAGAUGGACGGAACCGACUCAGAAUUUGACAUCGAUGUCACUGGGUUUGUGCCUGAGGCAGCUCCCUCUCCAGGGAGUGCAUCCCCUGAACUCCAUGGGGUUGAUGUGUUCCCAUCCCAGAAUGCAAAGGGAAAGAGUAAUCCACCCCAGAACCCUACUGAGCAAGACGCUCCAGCAAGGGGAUUUGGCGAGCUGUCAGAUUAUUUGCACUGUGGUCAAACAAUUGAGAAUUCAAGCAGUUCUCCUCAAAAAUCCCCCAAUGAAGCGACUCUCCCCGCCGGUCCCCUAAUCCAGCGUCACUCCAUCGAGCUCUCGCAGAGUACAGCAGAGGUCCCGACCUGUGACGGGGACGGAGAGGCGUCUGUCAAGGAUCCCACCCUGGACACAAGCUCAAACGACAAGGAUGGCAGCCUUGUGGUGGGACCAGCAGUAUCUCAGGGGCUGGGUCGGAGUGGGUCAGGUUUGAUCCCCAUAGAGGAAGACUGUGCCAUGGACGAGAAGGAGCACAAAAGGCCCGAGGAUGUUGGCCAUAGAGAACGCAUCGCCAACUUCCAGCGUAUUCUAAGGGAAAAGAGGCAGACCCAAAGACUGUCCCGGUGUUAUACUGGGUCGCAUGGCUCACAUGGCUCACAGGGGUCCCAAGGGUCCUAUUCUCUGGAGGAUUUUAACCAAGGUACUAACCUACAGAGAUUUCCCUUACGUCACAGUAGUUACGUUCAUUCAACUUAGUCGCAAUGUGUAAAGUCGCAA